AUGCAUUUUUUUCUUCUUCUGGGCAGAUACUUGGUUCAGACAGUGGCUGACAGGCAGUUCCCCUCACAGACCUUAUCACAGCUGCUGGUGUCAAGAAGGCAUACAGGAAGGCAACCCUUUGUGUCCAUCCAGAUAAAGUGCAGCAAAGAGAAUCCACCCUCUGUUCCAACACUGGCUGCUGUAAAACUGGCAAGCUGGCUGAGAGGUGCUAAAUUUAUUGUUGAUUGGCAUAAGUUUGGAUAUACAUUGCCGGGGUUGUCGCAUGGCAGAAGUCACAUUAUUGUCAAAAUAUAUUUCUGGUUUGAGAAGUACUUAAGGCAGAUGGUUGAUGGUGCCUUUUGUGUUACAAAAGCAAUGCAACAUGAACUUGCUCAAAAUUGGGGAAUCAGAGCAACGGUUCUUUAUGAUCAGUCUCUCGAUUUUUUCCACCCUGCUUCAUUGAUGGAGAAACAUGGGUUGUUUAGCAGGCUAGGGAAUUCCAUCUGUAGUGCUAUGGGCAAUGCCAAAUGCAUAUCAGUGGAGGAAGUAUGGGAAGACAUGAACAUUACUGUCUUCGCCAGUAAGAUUGACGGUGAAGUUUUCUUGAAGUCUAAUAGACCGGCACUUGUGAGCAGCACAAGCUGGACGCCAGAUGAAGAUUUCAGCAUACUUCUAGAAGCAGUAUUGAUGUACGACAGACGUGUCGCUGCAGCUUUAGGUGAAGAUGUUUCAACGGAUGAGGAGCAACUUUGGAUUGAUAUCAAGAAUGGGAAGCAAUUUGUCUACCCAAGAUUACUGUUUAUUAUUACAGGUAAAGGACCUGAUAGGAAGAAAUACGAGGAUCAGAUUAAAAGGUUGAAGUUGAGACGUGUUGCCUUGCGGACGAUGUGGCUUGCAUCAGAGGACUACCCUCUAUUGCUCGGUUACACCAGUAGCCCCUUGGAGGACAGGGCUAAGUGGCCCUAUCCAGAAGGCCCUCAUAUCAGGUGCCCAAAAGCUGAACAGAGCUGA